AUGUUUCCAUCCAAUCAAGAUGACACCAACAACGAGAACAAGGUCAAUCAGUCUUUUGGAAUCCAACAUGAACUUGGCAUGAAAAAUUGGAACUUCCUCUCAGGUGAGCCGUCCUCAACGACACUACCUUUGCAAUCGAGCGGUCUUCCUUCACCAUCACAUUGGGAUGAACAAUUACUACAACGCAGAAGAGAUGACCAUACCAGAAAACCCAAAACUGACACCUCUCAAAUGACAUUUUCUGAAAUAUAUAUGUUUCACAUGGAAAAGGAAAAACGUGAGGCAGAAGAGCCACUUUUUCCCAUUGAGGAAAAUCCAUAUUAUGGCCCAUUGGCUUCCAAGUUCUUGAUUCUACAACAAGUCGAAUCACAAAGCAACCGAUUCGAGACAAGUGAACUCGAAGAAUUGGCUUUAGAAAUUGUCAAACUCAACUCACUUUUGAAAUUGAGAAUGGAUACGGCACGGGAGAGACGUGAAAAAAGUCGACGAAGAUCGUUGCAGCAAUAUUUACUCUUUUCCAAGAUGGAUGUGUAUUUGAUGGAUGUUUGUGUAUGGCUGUAUGACGUGUUGAAAAAACAUCAAUUUGAGCAACAAUUGCAACAUUCAAAGAAAUUGUUAGAACACGUUCGAAAUGGCAUGAUUCAUGUGUUUUUUAACCUCGGGGAAUUAUGUUACUUUAUUUGGGAAGAAAAGAAGUCUGCUCUUUGCAUGAAACAAUGCAUGACAUUGUUGAACCAAAAGAAAGAGGAAGCAAGUGGUGUUCUCUCUGAUCAAGAUCUUGCUCUUUUAGUGGAAUGUCUCAUUUAUUGCAUGAUUGACACGAUAAAUCAUGACAAGUAUGCCACAAGUUCUUCUGAUUUGGAAAUGAAAUUUGUGAAACCCAUGCAAGAAUGUCUUUCACAAUGUUGUCAAGUCGAAAAUAUGGAUGAAUUGAUGACAUCGAAGACCACUCAAUGUGAUAUGCCCACCAUAGCUAAAUGUAUUUUACGUACUCGAGUGAAUGGUAUGGAAUCUCUGAUCCAUUACAAGUAUGGAAGUUCCAACGGUAUGGAGAAGAUUGUGACUCAAGCCAUUCAAUUUGUGGAGACACAAUCAAGCUUUGAUCGAUCACUUCUCGAGUUGCAACAAUAUCUGAAUAUCGAUGAAUUUUAUUGUCGACUUGGGGCCUUAGGUACUGCAAGACGGCAAUUAUUAGAGGCAGUCAAGAAUUACAACCAUGCUUUGAACAUUCGAAGAAAGUUUUACAUUCGAACUUUAAUCAACAAGAAUAUCGCCAUCCACAAUCUUUCAAGUGACAGCACAUUAUUGAAAAUACUUACAGUUUAUUACAAUUUGUUGUCACAAUGGGAAUGCUCCAAGUUUAAGAAGAUCACAGAAAAACACUGGAAAGUACAACCUUUUUGUUUUUUACAAAAUAACAUGAGAAAUUGUAACUUUGAAACAAUAUUUGGAGAAGAUGAUCCAACGUCAAUCAUCCAACAACAAGAUUUGGAAGAACACACAAUUCCAAAGUGGCUGUUGAAUAUUGAAAAUGUACUCAAUGAGAGAAAGGACCAAGAGAGCACAUACAAGGAAUUGAUUGAAGAUGAAUUGAAAUGGAUUGCCAAGUUUCAUGAAAUGGCACAGGAAGAGCUCUAUUUGAAAUUGUCCAUUCCUAAACUCGAUCGAUUUCAUUAUGUGGAUGUUGAAAUUACAACCACAAUAGCUAAAUAA